CGGGAUGGGCGGUCACUGCUCCUUUUCUCCCUAUAAAGGAGGUGAGGACCUGUUGCGCUCAAAUCGCCAAGCUGCAAAAACCUACGAGCGAACUCAACGCGGAUUUUCCAGGGACUGAGUUCUGUCGCGGUCUGACUCUCCUUCUCUGGAGCGAUGGAUUUUAAGGAGUUUGGAGAUGAGUCCUCCGAGGGACGCGCUGAGGAUCUGGACAGCGUGAAAGCGCUCACAGAGAAGCUGAAGCUACAGACUCGCAGACCAUCCUAUCUGGAGUGGCAGGAGCGGGUCCAGAGCCGACCGUGGAAGGAAGGCUGUCCAGCAGACGCUCCUGGCUCUGGGGGACAAGUCGUUUCCAUGCCUGCGAUUUUGCGAAAUGAGAACUCAGAGCUGGUUGUGCGCAACAUCUGUGGCUUCGAUACUAUUGAUGAUGCUUUGGAGUUUCUGAGAAAAGAGCUGAGGGAGAUGCAAGUCCAGGACAACCGUCUGGCCCGUCAGCUGAUCCGUCUGCGAGGGGAGAUCCACCGGCUGAAGGUGGAGCAGGUGUGUGACCGCCAUAAGGAGAUGCUGGACGAUGCGACCUACGAGCUGGAGGAAUGCGGAGAGGAAUCAGACCUGCUGUGUGACAUCCCCAUGAAGGCCGCCUUUGCUCUGUCCACCCCUCUGAAACACCUGGGCCUCACCAAGAUGAACAUCAACUCCAGACGCUUCUCACUUUGUUAAAACAGUCAAGAUGACUGUGAAUGUUCCCAUGGCUUCCUCUCUGGUGCUGUGGGCAUAUUAUUGGGGUUAUUUCCUCCUUUGAGGGUGUUUUGGUGACAGACUGAAGAGUGGCUGCCAACUACUGGUGCCAGGGGUGAAAAUGAAAAUAAACUCUUUAGAUGUGCACAGUGGCUUGACAUGCAUGAGGAAGCUUCUGUGUGCAGACCUGUAGGGGCACACACCCUUAAUAAACCAACACACCUUCCUGCUGGACGGAGCCUGGGCUGCUCCACUAUUGACUGUUCUUUGCACAAUGCACUGUGCAUCAAAGUAGAUGAAGACUAAGAGCAAGACUGAAAUGUAAUGAUAGCUACGGGAUGGGCAUUAUGUUAUAUAUCUUAUAAAUAUCACAUCAUUAGUAAUUCACAGAUAUAUAAAGUAUAAAGGUGGCACAUCUGGUUCAAUCUGGUCUUAUCAGAUAAAGCAAACGUUAAGGGUUCAGUAUCCUCACAGGAAGUCGGUGGUCGCACUCCUGCAGAUUUAUACCCCUUGUUCCUCACAAACCAAAAAUAUCUCUAUACGCUCACCGCUGCAGUGACAGGACCCAGGAGGCUACAGUAUGUGUGAUGCAUUUUGUUUUCCAUUACCACAGUGCACAUGCGGCAGAGCACAGAUUGUAAGCUAUAUAUGGCAGGAUAGUGACGGAGCGGACUGAGGUGCUCAGUGGGCAGUUUAGGCCAUGUUAGAUGGUCUAUUAUAUAACAAGUAAGAAGAGUAAAAUAUUUUUGUUGACCGAUAUUUUACAUCUCUUGUAAUUGUGUUAAAUGUAAAAACAUUUAUGGACAUUUUUAUCACUGAUAUUGUUAAAUCAUGCCACUGUAAUAUGAAUGUACAUGACAAAUGAGUUUAAAAGCAAAAUGCCUUAAAAUGUAAACGGCUAUUUUUUUUGCAUAUACAACACAAUAUUAAAGAGAGUUUACUAUG